UACAACAGCCCAAAGGGACAGUUUCCGUUCUCUGUUCUGUGACCACAUGCCCAUCGACUACGUUGUUGAGUGCGCGCGCUUGCGUUUUUUGCUUAUAAUCGUUCAAGGAGGUGCGUCAUAGUGGCAGAAAACACAUGUAGUCAGCACAAGUCGCUCGUUAAAAACCGCUGAUUCUUUCGUGGGCCUCAGUAACGUGCGUAACAGGUACUUCGCGAUCGAGGCCUUGGAAUAUUUGGGAGUACUACAACUGGUCCGUGAGAAGCGCUUUUGCACAGCGCAGGUGCGAAACCUGGCGCUGAUCAUGUCCUGAAGCAAGAUGAGCGAUGGCGUAGGACCCAGCAAGAAGCGCUUUAAGCAAUCCAAACUGGACUGGUUUGUUUUCGAAACGCUGGAAAAACAUCCGUCGUCCAAUGAGGCACAAACAAAUUCACGAAAACAGUCAAGUCCUGGGAAAACCAUGCAGUCCUCAGAUGUCCAAAGCAGUACAGAGGCUGCGAAGGAUUCGCCGGAUGUGGAAACCAAGUUCAAUGCGCACGACUUGGAAGAUGUCAACUCAUCACAAGAACUGUUCCCCGAGUUUGAUGCUGUUGAUCCUCAAGAAUCGAAGUUAGCUUCUUGUUCAGAAGAAACGGCUCUUAACGCAAGUGAUAUGCCAUGUGAGAGUGCCGAACACUGUGAAGAAGAACAUUAUUCUUCAGAAACCGACAGUCCGGACGACAGUACAACACCUGAGAGCUGUGAAGCUACGCCAAGCUCGCAGCACUCGUCAGGGUCUGAGGAAAGUAUUCCUAGUUACAAUGCCAUCCCGGAAACCUUCAGGCGCAUGCCACAUUGUGAAACCCAUUUCCCACCUAUGAGCCGUAAUCACACGAUUCUCUGCAAGGUUGUGCGGAGUGAAAACGGUGAUGUAAAGCCAUGCCCCCUAAUACCAUACCCAGCUGUUCCUGUUGACAAGUGGGAUGGUGUGCACGUCCGGAUGCCAUGUUCUCCUCAGAGCAAGUACCCUCUCGAACAAGGAAGCAAUGGAAUUACAAAACUUGGGAGCCGAUGGGAGCUGAUCGAAAACACACUGUUGGGGCCUAUCAAUGACUCUUACAGCCUUGUGAAAGCCAUUCGCCAGUACAAUGGACGGAUUUCUCCCAUUUGGAACUUCAAGUGCCUUCACAAGUUCUUUAACGAGGAACUAGAUCCCAGAGAGUCCGAGAGUUUCUUCAAUGUGCUGCUGCCCAAAAUAAUUGCCUUAGCUCUUCGCCUUCCAGCACUAAUUACUCAUCCAAUUCCCCUUCUCAGACAGGGUGACGAGCAGUUGCUGUCGAUGAGUCAACUGCAAGUUGGUUGCCUUUUGGCAAAUGCAUUCUUGUGCACGUUUCCAAGAAGAAAUACAUUUAAAGGCAACUCGGAGUACGUUAAUUACCCCGACAUCAAUUUCACUAGGUUAUUUUCUGGACCUUACGACGAAGCUCGGAAGAUGGAGAAGCUGAAGUGCAUCGUUAAUUACUUCCGAAGAAUUACGAAGCAAGAGCCUACUGGGAUGCUGACAUUUCACAGGAAGUGUCUGACUGAGCCCUAUGAGUGGAGCAGUUCUGAACACAAGCUGGGAAAUCUUUUUGUGUCCGAGUCGGGGUUCAUUGAACGCGAGGGGCAGGGCAUGCUGCAGGUUGACUUCGCAAACAAGUUCAUUGGUGGAGGUGUGUUGGGUGGCGGUUGCGUGCAAGAAGAGAUCCGGUUCAUGAUGUGCCCCGAGCUGAUCGUGUCUCGAUUGUUUACCGAAGCUCUUGGAUCUAGGGAAGUCCUUGUCAUUACUGGUGCAGAGCAGUUCAAUGCUACUUGUGGGUAUGCUGACAAAUUCACGUGGAAGGAUGAUUUCAAAGAUGACAUUCCAAGGGACCCUUGGGAGAGGAGAUACACAGAGGUGGUCGCCAUGGACGCACUUUGUUUUGCAAAGUCCCAGGAGCAGUACAAACCCAAGCACAUUAGGAGGGAACUGAACAAGGCAUAUUGCGGUUUCUUCAGUCCACCGAAGAUACCUCGCACACAGCGUGCAGCCAUUGCCACGGGAAACUGGGGCUGUGGUGCCUUUGGUGGUGACCCACAGUUGAAGGCACUUAUUCAGCUUAUGGCAGCAUCCGUUGCAGGCCGGGACCUCGUGUACUUUACCUUUGGUGAUAAGCAGCUGUGUCUAAGACUGCGGGCAGCGUAUCAUUUACUCACCAACUGUCAGAUGACUGUGGGUGGCCUUUAUGAGCUUCUGGUACAGUACAGCCAACACCAGCCACCACAAGCAGGAAUGGGCAAAUUCCGCCUUUUCGAAUAUCUGCGCCGCAGCUGUGCCCUUUAGAUGUGGGUACGUGUUGUGAAACCAGGCCUGGCAGUGCAUUGUUUGAAAAACGCACUCCUACAGCUGCUGUCAGCCACUUGGUGAUUCUGGGCUUUCUCAUUUUGGGCCUUUCCACCAUGAUUCUUUGUUUUUAUGUGUGCAUUCGAGUCUGCGUAGUGUUUGUAAAUAAAUGUUUUCAUUGAAGCUUUU